GUAGCAGUCGAACGGAUUGGCCGUAGUUCGUAUUUCGGGGCACGAACAAGGAAGGGAGGUCGUUGGUUAACGGUAGAUCGUGAGACUCAGGCCCAGGUGCGCAUACAUGCUUACUCUCGGUCGAUCGCUAUCUGAGAAUUAAUAGAAUGACACCCGAAUGUGGCGCCUCCAUGCAUGUCACGAUAUCCCUCAAUCUGACACCCAAGAAUCAAGACUACAGCGACGUGAGCAAGUGACGAAGUCCAGCUGCGCCCGUGUGUACUCUCCGUGACCUCGCACAUCUUUCUACGCAUGGCUCCCUACAACCCCGAACCUGAAGCGCUCCACGCGCAUGUACAAUGUUCUCGUGCGCCGCGGCCAAGAUGGACUUCUCCAGACCAACGGUGGCCGUUAAAGACGCGGUUGAAGACGUGCUGUCCAUACGCGACACGAUGGACGCGUUCUCCGUUUCCAGCUCAACUAUGUCCCAAACAAAGAAGGACUUCUCGCGCUUCUGCCGCUCGAUUACACCGACAGCUAGGUCCCUGCGUUACUCCCGCCGCCCGAGCCUCUGGAAUAUGCCGACUGAGGGUUCGAAUAUGCAGACUGUGAUAGCACCAGCCAGCCAGGGACCAGGCCAGCUAGCGCGCCGACGCCCAGCACGCCAAGUCAAAUGGGCCCGCAAGGCACUGCCUCCACCUUUGGGACAACGUGAAGACGAGAAUGUCGACGGCCGGGUAUUUGGUGGAGCCAGGACGCCGUUGGGCGACGAGGAAUGAUCUUAGGUUUGUCC